AUGGCCUCAUCCUUCAAAUACACAUCUCUCCAGCUCACGGAGAUUAGACUACUAGUCCUCCAUCCAGGCCAAGACCAGGACGUCUUAUGCGGCUCCAUUGCCGUCGCACAGCAUAAUCCUGAACAAGGCAACGUCCCGCAAUAUGAAGCCAUCUCGUACGCGUGGGGUGAUCAGACAAGUCCGGAUCACAUAACUCUACGUGCUUUGCCAAACGCCGAGUCAACUGUGAUCGACUCGAAUGAUGGUAAUGCCACAGAGGCUGAGUCCUCGCUUUCCAUUGGACAAAAUCUUGGCGCUGUCUUGCGACACCUUCGCCACGAGGCAGACACGCGGAUUCUCUGGUGCGAUUCUAUAUGCAUCAACCAGCAAGACUUUGACGAGAGAGCCGCACAGGUCCGCCGCAUGGGCGAGAUCUUCAAGCAUGCGCAGCGCGUCAUCGCCUGGUUAGGUCUGCCGGACGACCACAGCCACCUGGCCAUCCAGACCUUGCAACAAUGUGCCGACUACAUUGACUUCUCAAACGAGGAGGAGGCCAUGCUGGCCAACAAGAUAAACUUGAAACGAGAGGCAGCUGCACUGGUCACAGACAUGGAAACGAACCUGCCAUUGUCGCCUCAGCAGUGGACAUCACUAGAGGCCCUGCUCUCCAGAAGCUGGUUUCGACGGCUGUGGGUGCGUCAAGAGAUCCUGCUGGCGAACAAGGAAACCGUCGCCAUGGUUGGCAAAGACAGCAUUCCGUUUCUGCACUUUUCCGGUGCGAUAGAUUUGAUCUCUAUAAAGAGGAUGACGUUGGAGGCCAUCAGACCUCUUCAUUUAUCGGUCCACUUCUUCAAUAUGCGCACCUUCUCCUUCCUGAGGCACUUGAGAGACCUUUUCACCCUGAUAGCUUUUACGCACAACUGCGAGGUGACGAAUGAGAGGGAUCGCAUCUAUGGCUUACUCGGACUUGCGGAAGGACCUUUUGUUAGCAAAAUUUCCAUUGAUUACAAAAAGGGAGUCAAAGAAGUAUAUCGUGAUGCCCUCAUCGACGCCACUGAAUGGCAUUCAGACCUCAAGCUACUGUCAUUCUGCGACUCGGCGUCUGAACCGACGUGGAUCCCGGAUUUCCAUCGAAUACAAGGACUGCGCCCCAUAACUCACGCCCGGGCAGCCCUGGCCUCAGACGUGGAAGGCAAGGUCCUCGAUUUUGCACACAUCUGGUUGCAAGGAAUCAGGUGCGACAGUAUUGCCGAGCUGUUGGGGCCUCCUGACGGCGAGGAUCGCCCAAACGAACAGCUCCGUGCUGCCAUUGUGAGGGGUGCCAUUCGCUUCUUGGGCCCAGAUCCAGAUUUGUGGACGCAAGAUGAGGUCAAGAAGUUUUGCCUCGGGAUACUCGUCAACGACUUCCAUCUCUAUCCUCCCCAAAUAGAUGGGCUAAAGAGCUAUUUGGCAUCGUUGGUCCGUUCAGAGGAUACGGUCCCAGAGGCGCACUUCCUUCAGUUCAUCUACUACCUCACGGGACGCUCUCUAUAUUUCACAAGAAUGGGGUACGUCAUACUAGGACCGCGCGGCUGCCGAAUCGGUGAUGUCGUCUGCGUCUUUCUCGGCAGCCCCCUCCCUACUGUGCUCCGUCCAAUGGAAAAUGGUGAAUAUCAGGUCAGAGGGCCGGCAUCUCACCCUGCCCUCUUGAAUGGUGAAGCGCUCCUUGGCCCGCUUGCCGAGGGUUGGCGGAUACGGUACACGACUCGUGCUCUAGACCCUGUCUUUGAGUGUCCGCAUGGGAAACACUACCGUAUCGAUCCGCGAUUGAAUGAUGUCCCUAUUCCCGAGGGGAAGGAACUUCGUUGGAGGGAUAACGGCACCCCUUUUUGGUAUACGGCUGAGAUAGAUCGGUGGUCCAAUUUCGACCCACGAGUCUCAAUGGAGGAGUUGACAAAUAGAGGAGUCAAGGUAGAGAAAUUUACUUUAUCAUGA